AUGGUAAACGAGAAAAACGAGAAGGCGUCGAGCAACAGCGAUGAAAUUAAAGGCAAACACAAAUUUUGGCUUCUCAACAAGAAUCUCAACAAAAGUAAUCAAAAAAAGAGCAAACGAAAAAAUCGAUGGGCGCUAACACCGGACAAAGCACAAAAGGAGCCACCUAGUCCGUCUACAAUUCCACCUUCACCCAAACCCGAUGCAAAGACACCAGAAUCAUUCGCUGAUGGACGAGAAAUGCGGCAGAAAUAUUUGAAUGUGCCCAAAACUCGGUCAGCUGUGGAAGAAGAAGGUGCAGAGGUGUUCGAGGCUGUUCAAGAUGCACAGCCGGUCUUCGCCACCACUCUGAUCCGUCCUGGUAAGAUGCGAUGGAAAUCGGAUUUGGAAAAGGAAGAAAAGGAAGAUGCAGGAUCUGGAUCAGGACGUGGAUCCGUAACCGGAUCGACCACCAAAAUAGAAAAACCGUGUUCGGUAGAGGUUACAAAAACGACACCAAGAAAAUCGAAGGUUCGAACGAAAGCUGACAUGAACGCUCAUGAUGAUGAAGAAGACAACCCGAAAAGUGUGAAAAUGAAAAAGGCUGCAGAAUCUGCGGACGCUAACAAAGCCGAAUCGGACACGAAGAUCCCUGUAAAGGAAAAAGAGAAGUUAGAUGAUGAUAAAUCAGCAAAAUUGCUUAUGCGGAUCGAGAGGCUCGAACGCGAAAACGUUGAUCUUCGCAAAAAGUUGAAUGAGGUUCAAGUGCUGCUCAAAAAACGCAAACUUGCUCUGAUGAUGUCGUCUGGCAUCAGAGAAGAGAGGAGUCGAGAUUUGUCGGAAGAUAUCACGAAGCUAGCUGAACGAACUCUGGUGAUUAUGAAGAAGAAUCAAAUUCUGGACAAGGCGUUGGAUGAAAAAAGCAAUCGAAUUUUGCACAACUUCUUCAGAGAAUGCGAAAAGCCCACCGAGAAGAUUGCUAGUCUCGUUGAAGAAGCGAUCACUCGUGGAUUGAAGUAUAUGAUCAAUUAUGGCGAUCGGAUUGAUGAAGUCAUCGACAACGAAAUGCGCACAUUUAUUUGCGAUAUGAACAUCGCGAAAAAAUCAAUUCUCCGCGCCAUGUUUGAUCAUCCCGAAUUAGUGCCGGAUAUGUGGGGAGGCGGUCCGAUGCUUGCGAAAAUCCGCAAAGAGAAGGAUGCCGAUAAGGGUGGUCAAUCAGCCGGACAAGUCGAGAAUCUGAAAGCGGUAUUCAACAGAAAGCCAGAGAGCGAGUUGGAGAUUCAACCGACAAUGGAAACGAAAAAAAUUGAUUUGGCAACUACUGAGUCUCAAAUUCAUAUUGAUUCAGCACUAGCAGCAGCACCGUCGGUAUCGGUUCCGUUAGCGUUGAAAUCGCACGGAGAUAAACCGAUCGAGCCAAAAUCGGCUACUCCUCCGCCAGUGGCGACGAAACUUGCUCAAGUUGUUCCGGAAAGCGAGAGAUCCGAGAAAUCUGGAUGCGGAAUCGAUAUUGCUGAACCACCGAAGAUCGUGACGGAAGCCGAUGUUGCCAAAGCGAUGGCUAUGAUGAAAUCUGGGAAGAACAAAAAGGACGGCGAAAAGGACGAAACGAAGAAGGAUGAGUCGAAAAAAGAUGGCGGCAAGAAGAAGGAAGAUGCGAAGAAAGACGAGCCUAAAAAGGAUGAAGAAAAGAAAGAUGAAGCUAAGAAACAAGCAGAAAAUGACAAAAAAGCAGAAGCAAAAUAG